GUCACCCGCGUGGAGGGGUUUCCCCGCGGAAAGUCCGGCGGAUCCCGCCCCGCCCACCUCUCAUCUCGGAGCACGCAGGAAGAGGGAGGAAGUUCCCGGGUGGUCCACGCUGUAGCUCGCAGCAUCUGGGGGCGCACGUGAGGGGAAGGAGGCUGGUGUCUAGAUUUCCAGCAUCCUGCUGCGUGGUGACUCCUGUCCGGGCGGGAAGCUGAGCGCCCCGCGGAGGACGUCCCCCCGGGCGGGGCCUGGUCCCCAGCUGUGCUGCCUCAGAGCGGCGGGGGCGGUGCCCAGAUGCGGCCCGGGUGGCGCAGGGCUCGGACCCCGGCUGAAAGGCGCAGCCUGGGUUACCGAGAAGCGCGGGGAGCAGAGCGGAGGGGUCACGCGCACUCAGUUACCUCCGGACUUCCCGGAUCAGCGACCCGCUGGAUCACGGCAAAAUGAAGGACCGGCUUGCAGAGCUUCUGGAGCUAUCUAGGAGCUAUGACCAGCAGUUCCCAGACGAGGAUGAUGACUUUGACGCUCCCCACGAGGACAUCGUGUUCGAGACCGACCACAUCCUGGAGUCCUUGUACCGGGUCAUCCAGGACAUCCAGGAGGAAAACCAGCUGCUGAUGGUCGACGUGAGGCGCCUAGGGAGGCAGAACGUACGCUUCCUCACAUCCAUGCGGCGACUCAGCAGCAUCAAGCGCGACACCAACUCCAUCGCCAAGGCCAUCAAGACCCGGGGUGAGGGCAUCCAUCAGAAGCUGCGCUCCAUGAAGGAACUGAGCGAGCAGGCUGAGGCCCGGCAUGGCGCGCACUCGGCGGUGGCUCGCAUCUCGCAUGCGCAGUACAGCGCGCUGGCCCGCGCCUUCCAGCAAGCCAUGUACGAGUACAACCAGGCCGAGAUGAAACAGCGCGACAACUGCAAGAUCCGCAUCCAGCGGCAGCUGGAGAUCAUGGGCAAGGACGUGUCGGGCGAGCAGAUCGAGGACAUGUUCGAGCAGGGCAAGUGGGACGUUUUCUCCGAGAACCUGCUGGCCGACGUGAAGGGCGCGCGGGCGGCGCUCAACGAGAUUGAGAGUCGCCACCGCGAGCUGCUGCGCCUGGAGGGUCGCAUCCGCGACGUGCAUGAGCUCUUCCUGCAGAUGGCUGUGCUGGUGGAAAAGCAGGCGGACACGCUGAACGUCAUCGAGCUCAAUGUGCAGAAAACCCUCGACUACACAGGCGAGGCCAAGGCGCAGGUGCGCAAGGCGGUGCAGUACAAGAAGAAGAACCCCUGCAGGACCAUCUGCUGCUUCUGCUGCCCCUGCAUCAACUAGCAGCUGACUUGGACCGCC